GUCUCUUUUUACAUAGAUGAGCUUGGAUGAAAGUGAAAAUAGGAAGAUCUGAGACAAAACUAACUUGAAUCAUCAUAAGAUCAACUUCACAUAAUAGGACGCCAAAACCUGCUGAUGUGAUGAUAACCACAACUUUAUACGAGCAACAGCAGUAUGAAAUCUCCAAGUUCCUUAAGAUCCAGCCACUGGCUUUGGGGAUUUUGGAAAUACUGAUAGCCUUAUUGGCAUUCGGUUUGACAAUCUGGAAUAAGUAUUUUUUUUGUCUGGCCGCCAAUCAUUUUCUUUAUAAUUGGAGUUAUAACAGUCUUGGCUGCAGGCACACGUAACCCAGGUCUGGUCAAAACCUCACAAAUGCUCAGCUAUGUAAAUUUUGCAAUAGCGUCUUUGUCUUUCCGCUAUCAAUUUGUUUUAGUUAAGAUUUUUCCGGAUAUGUACUUAUACGCCCAUAUCACCUGUGAUAUUCUGAUCUUCAUUGUCUCUCUUGCUAUUGCUGUAACCUCCUGUUCCUGUUGCUGGAGUCCAAAGCCAACCCCUGUCAUGGUCAGUUAUGUGGCCACAGAUUUGCCUGUCAACCAUAUCGUACAAUUGGGCCAGCCAGACCCCUCUGCAGUGGCUGGGCAUGUUAGUUCGGUCAUGUACGUGCUGCCAGCAGCACAUGGCUCAAACCCACCUGCACCUCUGCCAAAUUAUGGCCCCGUCCCCAAUGCAUCUCCACCAAUCUACAGUCCGGUACCAACUACACCUCCACCCAACUACGACAAAGUCUCAGAUGCACUUCCACUAAACUAUGGCCCAGUCCCAAAUGCACCUCCAUCAGCAUAUGAGCAUGAAGAUUUACAGACCAGAAAAUGAACUAGAUCUCAGAAACAAAAGGGGAUAUUUAAUGUUUAUACAAUUUAUGGUAUUGGAUUUUGGCAAAUGGAAAACCAAAAAACAUAUUUAUAAAUUUGUAAAUCAAAUGGAUAAGAAACAUGCUGCAGAAUCUUGUGUUCAUUGUUUAUUAAAGGUUGU